CUGGAAAUUCAUCGCCUAUUUAUUGCAUGCGUCUUUACCUCUCUCACUCAGGAUUCUCAAUCCACUGACAUGGAAAGUGCUUCAGGUUCAAAGAUUGUGCACCGUCGGGAAUUUCAGCUGAGCGAUAUUUGCAUGAAUGGUGAGUUCAUCGGUCCGAGGUGAGAAUUUGUAAAUCAGCCAGCCAUCGAGGGAACAAAGAAAGAAGUGGGGUUGCGGUGUGGUGCGUGCUGGUGACUUCAUCGCAGACAGACCUCGAGAGGAGAAGCACGCGAUGUCAGAUUGUUGUGAGUUGUACCGCAAGUCGUCGAUCGGCGUGUGCCUGAUAGCCACUUUGGAGGAGAUGAUAUUCACGGGGAAAAUCGACCCCCUUCUCGCCAUGAAGGUGCUGAUGCAGUUCGACAAGUCCAUGAAGUUCAUCAUCCCGAAGAAGGUGAGCACCGUGGUCCAGUUCAGAGGCCAUCUGCAGACCUACCGCUUCUGCGACAAGCAGUGGUCGUUCUUCAUCAAGAAGGCCAUGGUCAAAAUCAACCGCGUCCUCAUCGAGGAAUCGGCCAGGAUCACAAUCUUCGCCACCGAUGCUGUCAUCAACUGAAGCAGCAAGCGCGCAGAUCCGACCGAGCGUUCGACCAAACAUGACGUCCUACGUGGUACAUACCCUUCUCGAAAUAAGGUCCUGGAGUGGGGAAGCUUUUGUGCAUGCUGCGUUUGAUUUGAUGGUUCUGACCCUUAAACUCCUGCCAUCAGAUGGAAUUCCAUGUGUCUAAACCAUUCGUUCACAGCGUGUUGAAAUUUAUCGUCAACUUCGGAUGUGAUAGAGUCGCUCGCUCCUGCCUCCAAGCCGGAGAGAGGUCCAUGCUUCUGAGACAGUUCGAUUUCAGCUCCUUUCUGAAAUUCUCAAAGAGUGUGUGCAAUAAUAUUCUGUCAAUUAUUAUGAACAUAUUGGAAUAAAUUUAUCUUCACGAUAUCUAUCGAUUGAAGAAAGAGAUUAAGCGGCAU